CCCCGGCGGACCCCCGGCGGUGACGCGCGCGCGCCGGCCCCGCGCAUACGCCCUGCGCGCAGCGCUCCCGCGGGCCGCGGCUUCCGAAGGACAGGUGUCCUGGGAUGGCCCAGCCCGACAAGAUGCCAACGCGGGCGCCCUGGCGAGCGCUCUCCGUGGUGCUGAUUCUGCUGUGGGGACACCCGCGCGCCGCGCUGGCCUGUCCGUACCCUUGCACCUGCUACGUCCCCAGCGAGGUCCACUGCACGUUUCGCUCCUUGGCUUCCGUGCCCGCUGGGAUUUCUAAACACGUGGAAAGAAUCAAUCUGGGGUUUAACAGCAUACAGGCUUUGUCGGAAACCUCGUUUGCGGGGCUGACCCAGUUGGAGCUACUUAUGAUUCACGGCAAUGACAUCACCAGCAUCCCCGACGGGGCUUUGAGAGACCUCGCCUCUCUGCAGGUUUUCAAGUUCAGCUACAAUAAGCUUCGGGUGAUCACAGGAGAGACCCUGCGGGGGCUCUGGAGCUUGAUCAGACUCCACCUGGACCACAACAAGAUCGAGUUUAUCCACCCACAAGCGUUCAGCGGCUUAACGUCCCUGAGGCUGCUCCACUUGGAGGGCAACCUGCUUCACCAGCUACACCCCGCCACGUUCUCCACGUUCACGUUUCUGGAUUAUUUCAGACUCUCCACCGUAAGACACCUCUACUUAGCCGAGAACAUGCUUAGAACUCUUCCCGCCGGCAUGCUUCAGAACAUGCCGCUUCUGGAGAAUCUUUACCUGCACGGGAAUCCGUGGUCCUGUGAUUGUGAGAUGAAGUGGUUUCUGGAAUGGGACGCAAAAUCCAGAGGGAUUCUGAAGUGUAAGAAGGACAAAGCGUUGGAAGGGGGUCAGCUGUGCUCCACGUGCUUCAGUCCCAGGAAGCUGCACAAACAAGAGAUUCAGAAGCUGAAGGACAUCACUUGUGAGAAGCCUUCUAUCGAGUCUCCUCUGAGACAGAACAAGAGCGGGAAUAGCGAGGAAGAUGAGGAUCUAGAGGGGGAGGGUGACAGCCCGUUCUCCCUGCAGGGCUUCCAGUAUCCCGUAUGGAACGUCUCUCUGAAUAUGAGCGAUGAACACGGGAACACCGUGAACUUGGUCUGUGACAUCAAGAAGCCCAUGGACGUGUACCAACUACACCUGAACCAAACAGACCCUCAAGAGAUAGAGAUAAAUGCCACAGUCGCCUUGGAUUUUGAGUGUCCCAUGACUCGAGAAAACUAUGAGAAACUCUGGAAGCUGAUCGCCUAUUACAGCGAGGUCCCUGUGAAGCUACACCGAGAACUCACGCUCAGCAAAGACCCCAGACUCGGCUACCGGUACAGGCAAGACGCCGACGACGAGACCCUCUACUACACGGGCGUCAGAGCCCACGUCCUGGCAGAACCAGAGUGGGUUACGCAGCCGUCCAUAGACCUGCAGCUGAAUCGGCGUCAGAGCACGGCCAGCACGGUGCUGCUGUCCUACGCCUCUCAACACACGCUCACCGUGUCCGCCAAAGACGCGAGGCUGCCUCGUAGCAGAAGCUGGGUAAUGAUCGAGCCUAGCAGAGCGGUGCGGAGAGCCCAGACUGUCUUGGAAGGGAGUCCCUGCCAGCUGAGCUGCAACGUGAAGGCUUCGGAGAGCCCAUCCAUCUCCUGGGUGCUCCCAGACGGCUCUGUCCUGAAAGCACCCAUGGAGGGCGAGGGCGGUAGAUUCUCCAUCCUCACCAGCGGCUGGCUGAAGAUCACAUCCACGGAGCAGUCAGACGCGGGUCUGUACCAGUGCGUCGCCCGGGUGAGGGACGAGAUGGAUCGAAUGGUCUAUAGGGUCCUGGUGCAGCCACCUGUCCCUCAGCCCCCCGAUGGACACACGGUGGCCAUUCAGAAGAACCCGGGAGAGCCGGUGACGCUGCCUUGCAAGGCGCUGGCCGUACCCGAAGCCGAGAUUAGCUGGGUCCUCCCAGGCGGGAGGAUGAUCGACGGUAUGGCGAACACGUCACACACGUACGUGUUGGCCGACGGGACUCUUUCCAUCCCAGAGGUCCAAGGGAGCGACAGUGGUUACUACAGAUGCGUGGCCGUCAACCAGCAAGGGGCAGAUCAUUUCACGGUGGGGAUCUCGGUGCGUAAGAAGGGAUCCGCCGGGCCCCCGAAAAGAGGCCGACGCCCGGCCGGGAAGACCCUUGGCAGAGGAAGAGGAGAUGUUGUGGAGGAUGAAGAGGGAUCUGGCGUGGGAGACGAAGGUAACACAGCGAGGAGAGGCCUCCAUCCAAAGGACCAAGCGAUGUUCAUCAAAGCAAAGGACGGCGCCAUCCCCGGAGGCCAGAAAACCAAGAAAGGGCGCAGAAAGCUGAAACACUGGAAGACCUCCGAAAGGGAACCAGAGACAAACGUCGCAGAAGGUCGCAGAGUGUUUGAGUCCAGACGGAGGGUAAACGUGGCCAACAAACAGAUCAAUCCAGAGCACUGGGCAGAUAUUUUAGCCAGAGUCCGUGGGAGGAAUCUACCGAAGGGAACAGAAGUACCGCAGGUCAUUAAAACCAGCGCUCCUCCAUCAGAGGGUCUGGAAGUGACACGCCUUCUGCCUGCCGUUCCUUCCAGCUCAGUGUCCCCCGUGCAGACCACAGCCAGCGCAGAAGACUCCUCGGGAGAUGUGCCUUUAUUUGGCGAGGAGGAGCAGGUUUCUAGCACUGGUUCCUCAACCAGGAUGGUUCUGGUCCAGCCUGGCCACGGUGGACUCGGUCUUGCCGACCCCAAAGUGACAAGCACGCCCCUGGAAGCAUUGACUGCUGAUGAGUUUUCUGAGGAGACCGAGGCUGCAGCUCCCACCGCAGUUGACUCGAAUUGGGCUACGGCCACGACACUGCCGUCCGUGCCUUACGAACCUUCUACCCUACAGACCCUGGAUAGGGUCCGCGAAGAGCCCACUAACAAAGCCAUAGCCACAGAGGGCUGGUCUACGCUAGAUGCUGGAUCCGGGCCAGGGUCUACGUCCAGUGAGUACGAGUCUCCCUUGGAUGCCGCCUCCUUGGCUGAGUCUGGGACGCUGCCAUACUCGUACCACGAUCCGGAGGCAGAUCCGCCGCCAGGUGAAAAUACGACGAAAGAGCAGACCUCCACGCACGCUACUCCGGUGCCUGCCUCGUGGGCUGCUAACACCAGGACCUCUGAGCCAUUUGAAGAUCCCAUUUCAGGGGACCCCGAAGUCCCAGCACGAACAGCUCUACAAGAGCAAACAGAGGAGAGCCCGAAGCCUGUGGAAAGUGGUUUCAGCGCUCAGGGCCACCCACCGAUUCCCACGGGCACAGAGGGGAACUCUCAGACGCUACGGGAAGGAGGUCCGCUGGAGAGAGACCCCAAAAGCUCCAGAAGUCCUGAGAGCAUGAGGCAAGGCGUCGAAUCCACCGCUCUGCUUGACCCGGCGCUGGAAGCCACGACGAGCGCCGCUGCCUUGAAGCGUCCCAAGGAAACCAGCCUUGGCGCCCUGUCCGACAGGGACACCAGCGCGGCAGCAGCGACGGUGCCAGCCCAAAAGGCCGCUUCCCCGUCAGCAGUGACUGCUCACCCUUCCCGAAAGCGACCCAACGGGAGGAGGCGGUCACGCCCCCAUCGACUCCGACACCGGCAUAAACAAACCCCGCCCCCGACCUUGGCCCCCGCCGUCACUUUUUUGACACCCCUGACUCGGGUACCUGAAGUGAAGACUCCAAGCCAAGCGGAAAGCUUGCUGGUUCCUACGUCCUGGGUUGAUGGCACAGCUGGUACCCCAAAGCAGACGGACCUGGAGAAGCAUGCAGAACCGGUAUCCAGGGGCACCCCACGCAGGAAGCAUGGGAAGAGGCCAAAGAAACAUCGCUACAUCCCCUCCACCGUGAGCUCUGUAGCGUCCGUGUCCAAGCCCAGCCCUUCCCCAGAAAAUAACUAUAAAAGCACUGUUACCCCCAGCUCAGAGGUUGUACUUUCACCUACCGCCGUUUCUCUCACAACUGGAGACCCGCGUGAGAUAACCGCAGUGGAAGAUUAUAGGACAGGCACCACCGCAACACGUUUAUCUCAUGGUAAAUUCCAGGAGACAAUUCCAGUCACAGGCGAGCCUGCAUCAGACGGAAAGGAAAUUAAGAGUCACGAUGUCAUAAGCAUCAGGGGCUAUAAAACCGACAGCCUGGUCCCUGGCGAGUCAGUCACUCGUGCGGCAUCACCUUCUGGGGCCGAGGUCUCCACUGCGGGAGUAUUGAAGGAGGCGUCCCCUCCUGCCGGCUUCCCAGGAAGUGCAAGGUGGGCUCCUCCAAGGGCAGCCCAGCCUGAGCGGCUGCAGACACACCCACCCGUGAGCAGCUCUUCAGAAGCUCUUACAGACGCACCCUUUUUAGAAGAGUUGGAGGACCUAGGCUCUCCUUCUGAGUUCUCACCUUCUUCCGCAGCCCCUGCGCUCCCGCAGCAGGAGGAAGUGGUCCCUUCAGCGACUCCCGCCAUCGUGAAAGCAGAGGCACCUUCAAGCCAGGCGGAAACCGCCGUCGGUGGUCAGAGGCGCCGUGCAACCACUCCAGCCAUUAUCCGUUCUGAAAUUAGACACCAGAACGAAGUCGCCACACGCGCCCUGGUGGAGGAGCCAGCAGCCCCAUUCCCACCCACAACCCGUGUGUCUCCGGCAGCAACCACCGCAGAGCCCACACCUCUUACGUCAGAAACACUGCCAACGUCACACGCUUCCGAACCGGACACUUUCACCCAUUACGCUGGGGGGACCCCGGCAACCGGAGCACCUUCAGUGAAUAAGGAAGGGACUGAGCGGGUGUCGAAGCCAAACGAAUUAUCCACUCCUUCCCACCGGGACAAAUUUACCUUCACUCCAAAGCAGGAGUUGCGACAGGAAGCCUUUGAUGGUACAACCAAACGCAGCCUUCCAAGGGGCCCAGGGAGCCACCACGAGGCUGGGAGGGUCCAGGGUUUCCACCAACCCGCCAGAGUUGCUGCCACCCCGGUCCCCCCGCGAGGAACCACGAGGCCACCACACACGGCCACGGAAAGCUCCUUUAGAUACCUUGUCACUCUGCAGCCCCACCUGACCAGCAAACUGGAAAUCGCUGCAUAUCCGUCGAGGGGUCCGCCAGAGAAUAAGCACUUUACGACUCCAAAAUUACCAAGUUCAACAGCUCCUGUGGCUCCGUUGCCUGGGUCCAAACCUAGCAUCCCUAGUGAGUCGACUGACCAGGGAACGGGCUCAUUCAACGGCAGCUCCAAACCGUUUGGAGCUAAUAACAUCCCUGAUCCAAGAGACCCAGCUGGCAAGCUUCCAAAUUCGAGAGUUCCUUAUUAUCCCGACGGAAGACUGCCUUUCUCCCUCAACAGGACCCCCUCUUUUCCACAGCUGGCGGUUACUCCGAAGCCUCAGGUCCCCGCCUCUCCUGCGCCAGGGGUGAGAGGGAGAAAAGUCAUCCCGGGUCCCCACGAUAGGAUACACUCUCAGAGCAUCAGCCAUGUGGACUUUGGCCCCCCAGCACCUCCCGCACUGCACCUUCCCCAGACCGUGGCGCCACCCUCAACAAACUUCAGAAACAUCCCUCUGGUCUACUCCACCCGGAGCUCCGUCCCUUUCAUCACGUCUUCUGCCCAGCCUUCCAGAAGCUUCCAUCAGAGCAGCUCCAAGCUCUUCUCUUCCGGAGGACCACCUGCAUCCAAAUUCUGGACGCUUGGGGAAAAGCCCCAAAUUAUCACCAAAACCCCCCAGACCGUGUCCGUCACCGCCGAGACAGAUGUCAUGUUCCCGUGCGAGGCUGUGGGGAAACCCGUGCCUUUCGUGACUUGGACAAGGCUGUCCACAGGUGCUCUCAUGACCCCCAACACCAGAGUACAGCGGUUUGAAGUCCUGAAGAAUGGCACUUUCGUCAUCCGAAACGUGCAGGUGCAGGACCGCGGCCAGUACGUGUGCACGGCCAGAAACCUGCACGGGGCAGACAGGAUGGUGGUCCUGCUGUCAGUCGCGGUGCAGCAGCCUCACAUCCUGGCCGCCCACUACAAGGACGUCACCGUCUACCUGGGCGACACCAUCGCCAUGGAGUGUCUGGCUAAGGGGACCCCGGCUCCCCAGAUCUCCUGGAUCUUCCCCGACAGGAGGGUCUGGCAGGCCGUCCCCCCCGUCGAGGGCAGGAUCACGCUGCACGAGAACCGGACCCUGUCCAUCAAGGAGGCGUCCUUCUCAGACAGAGGCGUGUACAAGUGCGUGGCCAGCAACGCGGCCGGCGCGGACAGCCUCGCCAUCCGCCUGCACGUGGCGGCCCUGCCACCCGUCAUCCACCAGGAGAAGCUGGAGAACAUCUCGCUGCCCCCUGGCCUUAGCAUCCACAUCCACUGCACCGCCAAGGCCGCGCCCCUGCCCAGCGUGCGCUGGGCGCUCUGGGACGGGACGCAGAUCCGCCCUUCGCAGUUCAUCCACGACAACCUCUUCGUCUUCCCCAACGGGACCCUCUACAUCCGCAACCUGGCGCCCAAGGACAGCGGACGCUACGAGUGCGUGGCCGCCAACCCGGUGGGCUUGGCGCGCAGGACCGUGCAGCUCACCGUGCAGCGCGCCCCCGCCAACGCACGCAUCACCGGCACCUCCCCGCAGAGGACCGACGUCCGCUACGGCGGGACCCUCCAGCUGGACUGCAGCGCCUCCGGAGACCCCUGGCCGCGCAUCCUCUGGAGACUGCCGUCCAAGAGGAUGAUAGACGCGCUCUUCAGCUUCGACAGCAGGAUCAAGGCGUUUGCCAACGGGACCCUGGUGGUGAAAUCGGUCACGGACAAGGACGCGGGUGAUUACCUGUGCGUCGCCCGGAACAAGGUCGGCGACGACUCCGCCGUGCUCAAGGUGGACGUGGUCAUGAAACCGGCCAGGAUCGAGCACAAAGAGGAGAUGGACCACAGGGUCUUUUACGGGGGCGACCUCAAGGUGGACUGCACGGCCACCGGGCUCCCGGACCCCGAGAUCUCCUGGGGCCUCCCGGACGGCAGCCUGGUCAACUCUCUCGUGCAGUCCGACGACAGCGGCAGGCGGACCAAGCGCUACGUCGUUUUCAACAACGGGACCCUCUACUUCAACGAGGUCGGGCUGCGAGAGGAAGGUGACUACACCUGCUUUGCCGAAAACCAGGUGGGCAAGGACGAGAUGCGGGUGCGCGUCAAGGUGGUGAGCGAGCCCGCCGUCAUCCGGAAUAAGACGUACUCCGUGGUGCAGGUCCCCUACGGGGACGUGGUCACCGUGGCUUGCGAGGCCACAGGGGAGCCCCCGCCCAGGGUGAGCUGGCUCUCUCCGACCGACAGGCUGAUCCCCGCCUCCUCCGACAAGUACCGGGUGUACCCGGACGGCACCCUCGUCAUCCAGAGAGCCCGGCGCUCGGACAGCGGCAACUACACGUGCGUGGUCAGGAACAGCGCCGGCGAGGACAGGAAGACGGUCUGGGUCCACGUGGACGUCCAGUCGCCCAGGAUCAACGGGCGCCCCGACGCCAUCAGCGCGGUGCGGGAGGUCGCCCCGGGGGGCGGCCGCAAAGUCAUCGACUGCCGGGCGGAGGGCGUGCCGCCGCCGCGCGUGCUGUGGGCCUUCCCCGCGGGCGUGGUCCUGCCGGCGCCCUACCACGGCGGCCGCAUCACCGUCCACCGCAACGGCAGCCUGGACAUGAGGGCCCUGAGGACGAGCGACUCCGCGCAGCUCGCGUGCAUCGGCCGCAACGAAGGCGGGGAGGCCAGGCUGCUGGUGCAGCUCACCGUCCUGGAGCCCGCGGCGAAGCCCGUGUCCCGCGAGCCGGUCAGCGAGAUCACCGCCGCGGCCGGCCACACCAUCAGCCUCGCCUGCCCGGCGGCCGGCGCCCCGGCGCCCGCCCUGCUCUGGGUCCUGCCCAACGGCACGGAGCUGCGCAGCGGCCGCCGGCUGCGCAGGUUCCACCACAAGGCCGACGGCGUGCUGCUCGUGAGCGGCCUGGCGCCCGCCGACGCCGGCACCUACCGCUGCGUGGCCCGGAGCCCGGCGGGCCGCAGCGAGAGGCCGGUGUCUCUGAAGGUGCGGCCGAGGCCCGACGCGCGCGGCCCGGUCAGCGUCGCCGCCGGGGAGACGCUGCGGCUGCCCUGCGGCCCCCCGGGGGCCCGGCCCGCGCGCCCCUCCUGGACGCUGCCCGGCGGCGCGGUGCUGCAGGGCCCGCGGGCCCGGGGCCGCUUCACGCUUUGGGACAACGGCACCCUCACGGUGCGCGACGCGUCCGUCUUCGACCGGGGCACCUACGUGUGCACGGCGGACACGGAGCACGGGCCCGCCGUCGUCGUGCACGUCCCGGUGGUCGUGAUCGCCUACCCUCCCCGCAUCACCGGCGAGCCCACGCCCGUCAUCUACGUGCGGCCCGGGAGCGCCGUGCGGAUGAGCUGCGCGGCCGUGGGCGUCCCCAAGGCCGACGUCAGCUGGCAGCUGCCGGACAAGUCGCAUGUGGCCGCGGGAGCUCUGCCCCGCCUCUACGGGAACAGGCUUCUCCACCCGCAGGGCUCGCUGACCAUCCAGCAGGCCACCCCGAGGGACGCGGGCUUCUACACGUGCACCGCACAAAACCUCCUGGGCCGGGACUCCAAAACCACCUACGUCCACGUCUACUGAAGCCCCGGGAGGACACCGUGGGCUGCGCGGCCGCUGCU